AUGGAUCCAGGAAUAAUAUGUUUUCGUCACUGUACUAUUAAAUCUGUGUUUUGUAAAACUAUCCCAGAAGUGUGUCCAUUAUGUCAAGAAUUAAUUGUAAAUUUUAAUAUAGAACCAUUUAGAAUUCCUUAUCCAUUUAGAAAUGCAACAAGUCAACCGACUUCAAUUGUAAUAAAACCUUCAUGUGGUACAUUUUUAAAUGACUAUAAUAUUAAUGAUCUUUUACAUAUUGGAAUAGUCAAUUCUAAUGGAAAGCUUUAUGAAUUUGAUAAACAUGGCUUGAUUAUUAAUAAUGUUUCUCAAUGGAUAAAUUGUAUCUCUAUACAAGUAGUACCACCUUCUUGGGAUUAUUAUUGGGAUGAAAUAUUAAAUGUUAUGACUCAUGAUAUUAAAUGGAAAUCUAUUAAUUAUGAUCAAAAUACCAUGAAUUGUUUUGACUUUGUUAGAGAAUUUUUGUAUAAAUUGAAUUAUAAUAAUUUACAAUUUGAAAAUGGCGAAGAUAUGUGUAGGAAACUUAUAUUACCUAAACUUCAUGAAGCUAUUAGAUACAUUGCGUUAUACAAGAACUUGAAAGACAAUCAAUAUUUUAUAUCGGAUUAA